UUCCAGCACCGAAUCGAAACGAAGAGCAAAAACACAAGUCGCCGAUUAACUGAUGUGCGGAAGAGCUCGGUGUUCUCUCAGGCCAGAUGACAUUCCUGGGGCUUGUCACCUCAACGGUCGCCGCGUCCGGCAUGUUGACAUGAACCGGUAUCAGCCGUCGUAUAAUGUGUCGCCGGGGUUUAGUGUACCAGUGGUAAGGAGAGAAGAUGAGGCCAACGACGAAGGCGCUGUUCUUCAUUGCAUGAAAUGGGGUCUUGUUCCCAGCUUCACUAAGAAAACUGAUAAGCCUGACCAUUACAGGAUGUUUAAUGCUCGGUCUGAGACAAUAAAGGAGAAGGCUUCAUUUCGCCGCCUUAUCCCAAAGAAUAGGUGCCUGGUUGCAGUUGAGGGAUUUUAUGAGUGGAAAAAGGAUGGGUCAAAAAAGCAACCUUAUUACAUACAUUUUAAGGAUGCCCGGCCCCUGGUGUUUGCUGCCCUUUUCGACUCUUGGAAGAAUCAUGAAGGUGAGGUUAUUUAUACAUUUACUAUAUUGACAACUUCGGCGUCCUCAUCUUUUGAAUGGCUCCAUGAUAGGAUGCCUGUCAUUCUUGGAAACAUGGAUGCUGCUGAUAUGUGGUUGAGUGGUUCUCCAUCAUCCAACAUUGACACACUAUUAAAACCAUAUGAAGAGUCAGAUUUGGCUUGGUACCCUGUGACAGCUGCAAUGGGUAAGGCUUCCUUUGAUGGACCAGAGUGCAUCAAAGAGUUGCAGCUCAAGACUAAUGAGACCAGAUCAAUAUCACAAUUUUUCUCAAAGAAAGGAGACAAAGACCAACAGGGGCAGAAGUCUCAUAACAAAGUUGCAGAGGAAGAGAUUCUGAAUACUGAUCAGACAGAGAGCUUGAAACAGGAACCUGAAUCAGACCAUGUGGGUCAUCUGUGUUCCCCAGUCCAACCGGAGAGUUUCACUUCUACUACGGCCACAGACAUAAAAGUUGAACAAGAUUUCGAUGAGUCAGGUAGUAAACAGUCAUUGACUGGUCAAACCGGAAAUCCACCUGAAAAAGUAGGUACUCAUGCUAGCGAUAACGUGAAAAGCUUGAAAGAGGAGGAGUCUGAGGAUAUUAAACCAAAGGACAUUUCUCCGCCUCAGGAGGAAAGUGGGGAUUCUAAAACGAAGAGAUACUAUGAGGAGCUCUCAGGAGAUGCAAUGCCACUUCCCAAGGCGGUCAACAUGCACAUAAGACCAUCAAAAAAGAAAGCUAAAGGAGCUGAUGACAAACAACCGACUCUAUUUUCUUACUUCGGAAAAGGCUAGUCACAUGAAGUACAAUGCUUAGACAAGUUCUGUAUAAUAGUGAAGUUGGUAUAUCCGUUGCUUAAAAACAAAAUGUUGGAAGCAUAGGAUUUUGUUUGAGGAUCACCUCUCAUCCUUGGCUUUUAGUUGUAGGCAUGUUUGCAGAUUUGUAUUGAUGAAGUUUUUUGUAACCAAGGAAAAAAUCGUGGACUUCACAUAGGAUAUUUUGAUGGAACUAAAGUGGUUGUUUAGUAUAUUUAGGUCAAUGGUAUUGUCUCAGUGGGACUUGAUUGUUAGAAUUUGGUUGGCUGCCUCCUUUACGUUUCACCCUCUAAAAAGCAGGGGUCAGUUUAUAUUCACUGAAGCUUACUGAUC